AGCUGGCUGUUUACCGCAGGGCUGAGCCGAGCCACCGCGCCGGGGCUCGCAGCACCCACCAUGGCCUUCCGUAGCGCGGGCACACUAAUGACCGAAUUUAAUGCCGCCUUCGUGCCCCCAGCUCUCAUGCCCGGACCACUUACGAAGAACCAGUGACUCAGAUAGGUAAAACCCAACCCCAGUCUGCAUCCGAGAAGCUCGCCAUCUAGUGGAAGGCAUGGAGAGUUGCAGCGAUCUGAACAGCACACAGAGAUGCAGGUACAAAGGCCAUGUUCCCGGUGUGGCUUCCUCCUUUGGCUCUUCUUAUGGCAACACCACCUUCAAGUACUUCCAGGACCUCCGCAACACAGGCUUGGAGAAGAGCUAUGCGCUCCUCAGUGGGGGUUGCUUUCCCACCAUCUUCUCCCCUAACUCCCCCCUGGUUCUGACUGAUAACUCACAGAACUGGGAUCGAUGGCUGCACCAGCCCACCUACAGCCGAUCCAACCAGGACAACGGGCGCACCACUGAGCUCACUAACUUUUACAAGACAGUCCAGCAGCAGCGGAAGUAUUACCAAGACAAGACUGGCAUUCUGUCCCGUGUUCCUUACUUUGUACUUCCUGUGAAGGAGCCGGACCGGUACCCCCUACCCACCGACCUGCCUCCUCUGAGUGAGAAGAGUAAGUGGAACCUACUAAGAUUAUCCCCUGACUACAAGAGGACCUACCAGACCUUCCCAUCAGGGAAGAGAGUUUCCUCUCAAGAGCGCCAAAGGCGGGACCUUUACUUCGAGUUCAGAGCCUGAAACCAGGUGGUUGACCCCAGGGAACCUUGGCCUGACCAGGCUGGCUUGCUUGUAAUAAAAUCUUCAGCCACAACCA